AUGUUUGCUUCUUCCUUCUCUUUCUUUUUUUCAUCCUUUCUUCUCCCUCUCUUUUUCUUUUUUCAUUUUUGCUUCUCCUUUUCUUUUUUCUUUUUUAUCUUCCUUCCUUUUCUUUCUUCUUUUCAAUUUUUUUUUUUUCCUUCUUUUUCUUCUUUUUCAAUUUUACUUUCUUUCUUUUCUUCUUUUUUUUUCUUUCUUUUAAAUUUAACUUUUUUUCUUUUUUUUUCUUUUCUUUCUUCUUUUCUUUUUUUCUUUUUUUCUUUUUUUCUUUUAUAUUCUUUUUUUUCUUUUCUUUCUUUUUUUCAAUUGCUUCUCUUUUCUUUCUUUUUUCAUCCUUUUGCUUUUUUCUCUUUCUUCUUUUUCAUCCUUUUCUUUUUCUCUUUCUUCUUUCAUUCAUUGCUUCUUUCUUCUUUUUCUUUUCAUCCUUUGCUUCUCCUUUUCUUUCUUCUUUUUUCAUCCUUUGCUUUUCCUUCUCUUUCUUCUUUUUAUCCUUUGCUUCUCCCUUCUUUUUUCUUUUUUUUUUCUUUCUUCUUUUCAUCCUUUCUCUUUCUUUUCUUUUUUUUUUUUGCUUCUUUUUCUUUUCUUCUUUUUUCAUUUUUGCUUUUCCUUCUUUCUUUUUUUUCAUCCUUUUUAAAAGUUUUCUUUUCUUCUUUCAUUCUUUCAUUUUUUUUCUCUUUCUUUUUUUUCAUUUUUUUCUUCCCUCUCUUUCUUCUUUUCAAAUUUUUGCUUCUCCUUCUCUUUCUUCUUUUUAUCUUUUUUCCUUCUCUUUCUAUUUUUUCAUUUUCUUUUUUUCUUUUCUUUUUUUCAUUGCUUCUCCUUCUUUUUCUUCUUUUUCAUCGAGACAAUUCAAUCUUUUUCUCCUUCUCUUUCUUCUUUUUUCAUCCUUUGCUUCUCCCUUCUCUUUCUUCUUUUUCAUUUAAACUUCUCCUUCUCUUUCUUCUUUUCAUCAUUUUCUUCCCCCUCUUUUCUUCUUUUUCAUUCUUUGCUUCUCCUCUCUUUCUUGAAAAUCCUUUGCUUCAUUCUAAUUUCUUUUUUUUCAUCCUCUGCUUUAUAAAUUCUCUUUCUUCUUUUUCAUUUUUGCUUCUCUCUUUCUUCUUUUCUUCUUUUUAA